AGAAACUGUAGAAGGCCUUCGAGAGAGCGAUUAUCUUCUGAUUCAUUCAUGUCGGCAGUGGACAACAAUUACAGCUCACAGUCUGGAGGAGGGUCACUACGUCAUAGGGCCAAAGAUAGAAAUCCCUGUACAUUAUGCAGACUUCCACAGUUCUUGGCUGUUACUCUAAGUCUUCAAACUUCGAACUUGAUGAAAUUCAACUGUGACCUUGUAAGCAUUCACUGUAAGGCAAAACUCAACCAGAGUGUGCAGCUUGCUCCCAAAGGCAGACAGAGCACGGGCAAAGAAGGAAAUACAGUGUACAUGUGUAUACUGCACAGGGGCUCUCAUGAGUGUCCUCAAACUAGGAAUGCCUAGCAGUGAACCACCUGUCAAAAUCUACACCACUGACAGAUGCCACUGUCAUCUUGGAUGGUUGAUAGUGUAUGUAGAGGCAGUUUAAGCUGCUGGAACAAGACCGAGAUAUUAAGGAGCCAGUGCAGUAUUUUAACAGUGUGGAGGAGGUGGCUAAAGCAUUUCCUGAACGAGUUUACGUCAUGGAGGAAAUAACAUUCAACGUUAAGGUGGCUUCAGGUGAGUGCAAUGAAGACACUGAAGUUUACAACAUUACCCUUAGUACUGGGGAUGAGCUCACUUUAAUGGGGCAAGCAGAAAUCCUUUAUGCAAAAUCUUCUAAGGAGAAGUCAAGACUCAACACCAUCUUCAAAAAAAUCGGGAAGCUUAAUUCAAUUAGUAAGCUAGGCAGAGGCAAAAUGCCCUGCCUCAUCUGCAUGAACCACAGGACCAACGAAAGCAUCAGUCUGCCCUUCCAGUGUAAAGGCAAGUUCAGCACCCGCAGCCCGCUGGAGGUGCAGAUGCAAGAAGGUGAGCACACGAUUCGCAAUAUAGUAGAGAAAACCAGGCUGCCCGUUAAUGUGACUGUGCCAAGUCCUACCCCAAGGAAUCCUUAUGACCUGCAUUUUAUCCGUGAAGGGCACAGGUACAAGUUUGUCAACAUUCAAACCAAGACUGUGGUGGUUUGUUGUGUGCUUCGUGGCAACAAAAUUAUUCCCAUGCAUUUUCCAUUGCACUUGUCGCUUCCGAAAUUUAUUCUACCUGACAGCCUGGUGAAGGGGGAGCUGUGGCAUGAAUCCCUCAUCCAACAUUGGUUUAAUAUAUGCCAGGAACAGUUUGACAUAGAUGAGUAUUCCCGUGCCGUGCGAGAUGUGAAAACUGACUGGAACGAAGACUGCAAGAGCCCGAAGAAGAGCCGAUGCACGGGGCACAGCCAUGUGCCCAACUCCCUCAGCUACGCACGGGAUGAGCUUACGCAGUCCUUCCAUCGGCUUUCAGUGUGCGUAUAUGGAAACAACUUGCAUGGGAAUAGCGAGGUGAACCUCCACGGCUGCAGGGACUUGUGUAACGAGUGGGCCCUGUUCUCUCAUGAUGCUCUUCAGUACCAGGAGUCUGGUGACAGUAGCAGUGAUUACCUUUUCCCUGAAGUUAGCGAAGAAUCGAUGUUUCUGCCUACUAAACCAGAACUUCCUUACGAAGAGCUAUGGUUGGACCAAGGGUCUGGAAAGGCUGGUGACCAGCCUCUCACUCGCUCGCUAAGUGAGAAGAACAAAUGUGACAACUACAGAGGGUCAUUCCGAUCAAAGUAUGGUACCGCAUCUCUUCCUGUGCCUGCAACUGUUGGAACAACCACAAAGUCUUCAGAUGCUUCCCUACCUCCACCUCCAGUGCCUCCCAAAUCAGAAGCAGUAAAAGAGGAAUGCAGGCUCCUGAAUGCUCCUCCUGUCCCACCACGGAGCUCAAAGCCGUCCUCCACCAGUCCUUCCAUCCCUCCUCGUACAGCCAAACCUGCACGACAGCAGACCCGCUCUCCCAGCCCUACUCUGUCCUACUACUCUUCGGGACUGCACAGCAUCAAUGUCACAGAGAGCGACAACGCCAACCCAACUGAGAGCACACCUGUUUCCUGCUACCCUUGUAACAUGAUGAAAAACGAAUCCAAAGAGCCUGAAAGCAUGAUGCCUUUGGGAAGCCCCGCAUCUGAAACUUUGCCUUCAAGGUUAUCUUGGCCAAACCAUUUUUCAGGAACUGCUGAGGGCCACAAUAAGAGUGAUUUUCUGCUUGAUCCAAGCAGGAGCUACAGUUACCCCAGACAGAAGACUCCAGGUACGCCAAAGAGAAACUGUCCAGCACCUUUGACUUUUGACUUCGAUGGGUGUGAGCUCCCGGCAGGGUGCUCCCCGCUGACCCCAGCAGAGUUCACAAACACCACCUCUGCCUGUCCAAAGUCAGCAAGUUACUCUCUAGACUGCACUGAUGAGAAAACUCUGGGAGUCAGCGAUGCAAAGCAGAGCCAGUCUUGUCCUGCCUUACCUCCUCGGGCCCCGAAGUCAAGUGAAGAGAAAGCAGUUACAGACAUGUGUCCCUUGCCACUGAAAAUAGAUGGUGCUGAGGAGGAGUCAAAAGCUGGUUCUCCAGACCUCUUGGAAGAUCAAUAUCUCGUUAAAAAGGGCAUGCAGGAUACGUUCUCUGUGUCUUAUCCCUUCUCGUCUCCCCUCCACCUCCAGUUAGCACCAAGAUCUUGUGGGGAUGGCUCUCCCUGGCAGCCACCCACAGACCUUUCUGGGCUCUCGAUAGAGGAAGUGUCUAAAUCACUGAGAUUUAUUGGUCUGUCAGAAGAUGUCGUAUCAUUUUUUGUUACAGAGAAGAUUGAUGGCAAUUUACUGGUUCAGCUUACAGAAGAAAUCCUGUCAGAAGACUUUAAGCUAAGCAAAUUGCAGGUUAAGAAAAUACUACAGUUCAUUAAUGGCUGGCGGCCCAAGAUGUGAUGCCGACUAGUCAUUAGUGGAACUGUACGAGAUGUGCUUGAUGCACUCCAGCUAAUCAUCACUUCCUGGUUUUUUGCACUAAAAGCCCUUUCUGUAAAUAGUAGUAGAAAAAUUCUUACUAUGCAGAUAAACAUUUUUGAGUGGUGAACAGAGUUGUUUUUUUUUGUAUGUCAAUAAUAAAAGUAGAGAAUCUGCAGAGGUGUGCCUUGUGCAUCCCUGACCGUUCAACAGCUGCUAAAAACUGGACACUAAGGGAACUCUUACUGCGUAGUCUGUUAAGACUUAGUCGUAUUUAUUACUGAACAAUUUGAUGCUGAAAGACACACACUGAUCCAGUUUACAGUUUUGUGUUAACUGCAAAAAAAUUUAUUUCUUAUGGGAUUUUUUCUGUUCAAAUGAUAUUUGGCAACAUGCUGUGACUUUCUUCCGUUUCUGUUUAACAAAGAGCAUGUUCAGAUACACAAAAACAUCCUUUUGACACUACAUCUGAAAAUGUAAAGAAUUGCUGUGAAGUGCCACUAAUACACUACUCUUGCAGCAUAUUUUUAUUAACAGUAUCUUCCUGGUUACCUGUAGCGUGGGUACAUUUUCUAUAUUACUUUGAACAAAAAGAGUUAAAUGUUUUUAAGAGUCUUGCUUAGCUCACAGCCCAGAGGGGAGGGAGAAGGGGGAUUUUUUCUACUGAGCCACUCUGCCCUGGCCAAUUAAAAGUUUAUGACCUGUA